AUGUCUGAUCCUCUGACUUCAAACGAUAUACGACAAACCUUUGCUGUUAAGAAAAUAAAGCGUGACAAGCCCCCUCACAAAGCCCGUAUUGAUCCAAAUCACGAGGCAAUUGUUUUGAAAGACAUCAAGGACAGGCAUCCCAAUCUCGUAUCUCUGCUUGUAGCAUACAAACAUCAUGGCGAUUACCAUUUCGUUUUUCCAUGGGCAGAGGCCGACCUCAAGGGAUACUGGGAGACGAUCAACCCGAAACCUUCGGGAGCAGACCGAAAUGCGACGCUGAAAUGGCUGGUAACUCAGUGCAAAGGUCUUGCCGAUGGCUUAUCAAGUAUUCAUUGCUAUUCCACCACUUCUUCCAAUCUCCAUGGUCGUUCCACGUUCCAUCCAGAUAACUUUUCUGAUAACGCGAAUCAUGUGCUUUUCGGUCGGCACGGCGAUAUCAAACCAGAAAACAUCCUCUGGUAUCCAGAAAUACCAUCGACACCUGGGACUGUAGGGGGGAUACUGAAGAUAACAGAUUUCGGCUUCUCAGAGUUCAGUUCGAAACCAAAGGUUGACCGGGAGGGACGAGGAUUCAUCGUCAACUCACCCUCCUACCGUGCUCCGGAGAUCAACAUUACUACUGGUGACGGCCUUAUCGGCCCUUCCUACGAUGUCUGGGCUCUUGGGUGCAUAUAUCUUGAGUUCCUUGCUUGGUGGCUCGGUGGUAGGGAUUAUGUUCAAAGUUUUGCGAAUCGCAGACUGGACUUCGACAUAGCCCAUUGGAAAGGGAGGACAACAAAUUACAGAACUGAUGGAUUCUUUCUUAUUAUCAAUUUCCAAGUACCCGAUGAGGAACGAGUUGAAGUUCGGAAAAGUGUCAACGAGGUCAGUCGCAAUAAUAUUGGAAUUAUGCAUUUAUCUGUGGAUCUCGUCGUCUAA